GUGUAACAACAAAUAAUCAAUAAUAAUCAAUUGCCUAAAUAAAACAUAUUAUUUGAAUCUCAGUGUUGGUAUAGAGUGAAUUACAAUUGGAGGAACAAUGACUGAAUCAAAUGAAUUUCGAGAUGGAGCAGAAGAAAACACAGAAACAGAUCCGCUAAGAAGUGACGCAGAAGAUCCUGUUAGUGAGAAAAAGAAGACUUUCAAGGAAAACUUUGUAAACGCUUUAAGAAAUAUAACUGUGGAACCAUCCAUGUUCCUUUUUGUUAUUGCUACUAUCCUGACCAUUUUGACAUCACAAAAUCUCGGUUUAGAAAAAGCGUGUCGUGUAAAUCUAAAUUACACAACUGAAAUAUGCGAUUCCCUAAAAUCUCAGACAAUCGGAGCACAGAAUAAUUAUGAAAAGGAAGUUCAGAAACUGGUGACGGUGGCGAUAGCCUGGAAGACGUAUCUAACGGCGAGCUUACCUUGCGCCCUGGCGAUGUUUAUUGGAUCGUGGUCAGACAAAACUGGGUAUAGGAAAAUGUUUAUAACAAUUCCUGUGUUUGGCCAAUUUCUGCUUUGCGUCAAUGGCAUUAUUCAAACGUUUUAUUUAAAGCAAACGAAUCUGGAAACAUUGACGGCUGUUGAGGCGGUAUUAGAAGGGCUCACUGGUUCGUGGUGUGUUAGUGUAUUAACGAUGUUUUCAUUCAUAAGUUCAAUUACUAACAAGGAUAACAGGACAUAUCGUAUGGGCAUCGUAAGCUUUAGUAUGACGGUAGGAUUUCCAAUAGGAAUGGGAGUUAGUGGAAUCUUGCUAAAGACUCUUGGCUACUAUGGAUGCUAUGGCUUGGCGGGGAGUAUCAAUUUUGUUAACUUCUUAUACAAUGCGUUCAUAUUGAAAGAUCCUGAAAGAAGACCAGAGCAAAAAUUGCACGAUAAACAAGGAUUUUGCCACUUAUUCAAACUGUUUUUUGACCUGACAAAUGUAAAGAAGACGUUCCAAGUGGUGUUUAGGAAAGGCUCAAAUAAUCGUCGAGUACGGUUAUGUUUCCUCAUGCUUGUAGUCAGCAUUUUAUUUGGACCUAUGUAUGGUGAAAUAUCAAUUAUGUAUAUAUCAACAAGAUACAGGUUCAAUUGGAAUGAAGUCAUGUUUAGCAUUUUCCAAGCUUACAACUUUAUCGCUCAUACGAUUGGGACACUGUUCUCAAUCGUUGUGUUCAGUAAAUAUUUACAAUGGCACGACUCGGUAUUGGGAAUAAUAUCUACCCUUAGUAAAAUUGCUGCUUCAUUUAUUUAUUGCUUUGCGCCAAAUGAAAGGAUAUUUUUUAUCGCUCCCAUAGCAGACAUUCUCAAUGGAACAGCUUUAUUAGCGUUGCGGUCUAUUGUCUCUAAAUUAGUGGAACAAGAUGAAUUUGGUAGGGUGAACUCAAUAUUUGCGUUAACUGAGAACCUUAUGCCAUUGAUAUACGUGCCAUUAUACACGAAGGUAUACACAGCUACCAUGGAGGUUCUGCCUGGUGCGGUUUUCUUGCUGGGAUCGGCCAUGACUUUGCCAGCUGUUAUGGUAUUUAUAUGGCUCUUCAUCGAACACAGACGAAAUUUAAAGAAAGGAAAAAAUCUAGAUGCUGAUACUUUUGUUAAAACUAACUAAAAACUUCAAGUAAUUUCGUUGCCCACCGACAGUGAGCGUAAAAAUAUUGUAUUGUAUUAGCCUGUAGUGUCCCAAUGCUGGGCAAAGGCGGCCAAAGCGCUUCCAUGAAUCACGAUCUUGUGUUGUUGUAGACCAGUCUCUAUUAAAUUGGUCCAGUUCAUCCCGCCAUCUUUAAAAUAUAUGAUACAACUUUGUAUAUAACUCUAUAAUAUUUUAUGUAAUACUAUGCUUAGUACUUAAUUAUUGUUAUCUUAUAAUUUUAAUAAUAGACUACUUAAUUAUCUUUGUGACAUCAUUAUAUUUGUCUAUCGGACCAAUAUUCCCCAAUUAUUUAGGAGUUUGUCAUUGUUUGAUGUAAUUAGAUAUUUUACUCAGGUAUUUAUUACGGCUUUAUAUUAUUAUUUAGACGAAAAUCAUUACGAAGUUUUGCAAUAUAAUAACAAUGAGGAAUAUGAUUUGCCUUUAUAUAAGACUAGCUUCCGCCCGCGACUCCGUCCGCGCGGAUGUCGGUCUUCGCGUGGAUGGUUUAUUUCUCCAUUUUGAGUAACUCUGACAAUGGCAUCUUAUAAAUAUCUAUUGAACCAAAAUACGGCUAGGCCUAUAAUAAUACGCAACGUGUGUUCGCGGUUGUACAGAACAACGUCGAUGGAUAAACUGACUUUUCUACGUAUUUUUCCAGGAUAAAAAGUAUCCUAUUUUACGCCCAAGAUAAUAAGGUAUAAUUAUACCAAAUUUCAUCGAAAUCGAACCGUUAGUUUUC